UUAUGGCCCAAUUAUAGAACUAGGAAAUUCAGGCGUCAACCUAGAUCGUCUUGGGGAUUCAGGGACGAUGAAGUUGGAGGAAAAGCUUGAGCACAGUGAGAGCCUUGUUGGAAGGAGUCAGUCAUGUGUACAUGACACGCUUCAGGCAAAUGGGAAACCGAGAGCAAAUGGGAAAGCGGAGGUCUAUGAAAAGCAGGAGGCAAAUGGCAAGGGCGACAUGCUCAAGAAAUGUCUCAACCUGUACACCUGGCAGGAGAUCCAGAGACACAAUAAGGAGGCCGACCAGUGGUUGGUGAUUGAUCGCAAGGUUUACAAUGUGACUGACUGGGCAAGCAAACAUCCAGGUGGGCAUCGGGUCCUCAACCACUAUGCUGGGGAAGAUGCCACGGAUGCCUUCCGGGCCAUGCACCUGGAUCUCAGCAUUGUGCAGCUGUACCUUAAGCCACUGCUCAUUGGGGAACUUUCUCCAGAAGAACCCAGUCAAGAGAAAAACAAAAAUCCACAGUUGGUGAAAGAUUUCCGUGAAUUGCGCAAGACAUUAGAGACCAUGGACAUGUUCAGUGCCAACCUGGGGUUCUUCUUUCUCCACCUUGCCCAGAUCUUGAUUUUGGAAGUUUUAGCAUGGCAAAUACUACGUCAUUUCGGCAGUGGCUGGACUGUUACCAUACUCAUUUCUUUUCUCCUUACAGUUUCUCAGGCUCAAAGUUCAUUUUUACAACAUGAUAUAGGACACCUUUCCAUGUUUAAGAAGUCCAAGUGGAACCACCUGAUGCACAAAUUUGUAAUGUGUCACCUCAAGGGCCUGUCAGCUGACUGGUGGAAUUACAGACACUUCCAGCAUCAUGUAAAACCAAACAUCUACCCCAAGGAUCCAGACAUUGAUGUGGGCCCACUUUUCCUGAUUGGAGAUACUCAGCCUGUCAAGUAUGGCAAGAAGAAAAUAAAAUACAUUGACUACGAGAAGCAGCACCUGUACUUCUACCUGGUUGCACUUCCCCUCCUCAUGCCUGUCUACUUUAAUCUCCAAUCCAUGCAAGUGAUGUAUCUUCGAAAGUACUGGACGGACAUUGCUUGGGUUAGCAGCUUUUACAUUCGAUAUUUCAUCACAUUUGGCCCUUUCUAUGGAAUUUUUGGAACAUUGCUGCUCAUAUAUUUGGUCAAGUUUAUUGAGAGCCCCUGGAUUGCCUAUGUUACCCAGAUGAGCCACAUACCAAUGAAAAUAAGCAGAGAAGAGAACCACGAUUGGCUCAGCACUCAGAUUGUGGCCACCUGUAAUAUUGAACAGUCCUUUUUCAAUGACUGGUUCACUGGGCACUUGAACUUCCAAAUUGAACACCACCUCUUCCCCACUAUGCCACGCCAUAAUUAUCACAAAGUGGCACCUCUGGUGAAGUCACUGUGUGCCAAACAUGGAUUGCAGUAUAUAAAUAAGCCCAUAUUGAAGGCAUUUGGAGAUAUUAUCAGGUCCUUAAAGAAGUCUGCUGCCCUCUGGAUGGAUGCAUACUAUGAAUGA